GAGCGUAAUUACCAAUAUGGAUUAUGAAUUUCCGUGAUACUCGUAGUUACAAAAUCUAUGUAAUAACGAAAUCGAAAUACCCUUCUUAUCCUCACCAACCUGUAACGCUGCCACCUCCACUCUACCGGUCAUCACCCGCCACUCGGCCACUCCGUUUCACACAAUUUCACCUCCACUUCGUGCACGCCGAAUGUAAAAUGGCGAGCGUCGACGCCGUCAAUCCUCCGCCUCCUCUCGGGGGAAUUAGGGUGGAAGACUUGACUCGUAUCGACAUCAACCUGCUGUCGCAGUCAGAAUUGCAAGCCCUCUCUCUAUGCUCCGUCUCCGCUCGCCGGAGCGACGACGUCGUGUCUCCGCAGCUAGACCGAACUGUGUUCAACGAGUCCGCCGGCAGCCGCCGCCAGACCUACUCCCGCCUCCACCACCGCUCCCAUUCGCGGCUCCCUCGCCUCCACCCCUCCCUCAAACCCCACAGCUAUCCCCAAUCUUCCUCCGAUCCCGUGAGUCACUCAAUUGUCCACUUCCUCAAACACUUCCUCAAUGGCAACCACAAUCCCCCGCCCCCUCCGCCUCCGCCGGCACCGGCGGCGCCUGAUUCGCCGAAAUCCCCGGCGGCGGCCGAGGUAGGAUUUCUAGGGCUACAGGAAAAUGUGAAAUUCAAGCGCAAAAGAGGGAGGAGAGGCAGGAAUUUGAGCAAGCCGCCGAUGCUUUUGGAGAAUGGGGUUGGGAUAGAGCUGCAGCGAGUGAAUGGGAGAGGUGAGAUGGUGGAUUUCGCGGAAUUGGAGAAUAAGGGGGACGAGUUGUACGGCGAGGAAUUGAAGCGGAGGACGGCGGGGUUGGAGACUGAGGAGGCUGUUUUGGGGGUUUUGAGGGAUUUGGAGGGGCAGUGGUGUAGCAGGAGGAAGAAGAGGAAGUAUGUCGAUGCCGGCACAUUCGGAGAUGUGCUUCCGGUUGGCUGGAAGCUCUUGCUUGGCCUCAGAAGACGCGGUUACCGCGUCUCUGUGUAUUGCCGGAGAUACAUAAGCCCCACUGGACAACAAUUUUUGUCAUGCAAAGAGGCUGCAUCCUUUUUGAGAUCCUAUUUCAGCAAUAACGAUGCAGUUCAGCAAAGGGAUCAGAAGACUUCUAGUAUCCAGCAAGCUUAUGCUUUGUCUUCAGAAAUGAGUCCAUGUCCAGCUGACAAGACAGAUGAUAUGCCGCAUGCCAUUGUAGCCCAUUCAGCAUUGGCUAUAAAUUCAUCCAGUGCACAUGAGAAUGAGGAUUGCUUGAUGGGCAUAGAGAAUCUCCCUGAAGUUCAAGUUCAGGACAUCUUUGAAUGUUUCAAAUGUAGACUGACAUUUGAUGAGAAGAAUGUUUAUUUGCAGCAUCUCUUUUCAUUCCACCAGAAGACUACUAAAAGGUACAAACUUGGGACACCUGUUGGAGAUGGUGUGAUUAUCAAAGAUGGAAAAUAUGAAUGCCAAUUCUGCCACAAGGUUUUUCAGGAAAGGCGUAGUUAUAAUGGUCAUGUAGGUAGUCAUGUCAGGAACACUGGAAAAAACUCUGGUGAACUAAGUGCUCCAGUUGAUGCCCCCAUAAAUGCUGAAUCUGUGUUGAAGGACGGAGUGCCCUUAAGGUCAUCAAAGAUGGAUGCUUUGAUUGAAAUUGCUCAUAAUUCUAUAUUUGGAACCUCAACUAAUGUAAAUCGUGAAGAAACCACAUCAAAUCACUCUGCUGUUGUUUUGAGAGUGGAAGAAGCUCAGGCAGCCUCCAGUUGUCAUGAAGAAAAAUCAACUUCAGAUCCUGUUAAAAUUCAAGCAGAGGAUUUCAGUGCUGACAAAACACUUCUUGAAGACUCGAAUCAUGGUAGGCAAGCCUUGACAAAGGACAAUGGUAUCCUGAAGGAUGAUAAAGCAUGGAGUGUGAACAUUGAGACGAAUCCCACUUGCAUAAAUGACUCGCCUGCUGGGUCAUGUGAGAUUCAGAAGUAUGAAGGCAGUAGCUUGGAAGUGGAUUACGAAAACAGAUCCUUGAAGCCUAGUGAAGAUCAUCUACAAGAUGCACCUGAGCUUACUGUUGAAGAGAUUAUGUUUGAUGGUGGAGUUUCUUCAGUUCCCUUGACCGAGUCAUUUCAGUUCUUCCCACCCUUUGAUUCUGUGUCAAAUAAGGGUGAACAUGAAUUUUCUGUGGUUGAUCAAAAGCUUGAGAACGUUACUGGGUUUGAAGAACUCAGGUUUGAUGAUAUGGAGCCAUUCAAGUAUGGUUUUGGGAAUGGGCAAGAGUUGUCCUCUUUGCCAGGGGGCUCCAUCAAUUUGGAUAGUAAUAGCACGAUAGAAGAUGAAUUUAAUUCUUCAGUCAGAUUUGGUCAAGAGGAAAUUAUGCUGAAUACUCUGCACACAAAUCAGCUAACUGUGUGUGUUUGGUGCAGAACAGAGUUCAAACUCGAGGGUAUUGAAUCAGAAACUCUAUCAGAUUCUAUAGGUUAUAUGUGUCCAACGUGCAAGGCCAAAAUAUCUGGGCACUUUGAUGGUGGUCUCUCGAUGGAUCCUCAUAAUUUCUGACUUUUUGGGUAUUGCCACACGCUGCUCUCGUGGUUACAUUCCUUUUGAGGAGAGAAGUUCCAAAUAUUGUGCCCGUUGUUGAGGAGCUGAUCUUAUUCCGUUUUGUAUGUCGACAUAACUUGUAGAGAUAUAAAAACAGAUGUACUUGUCCAUGCCACCGAAUGUAAAUUCUCACUGCUAACUGCCUUUGCUCCUGCUACCCAUGGAUGCCUAUGUUGUUUAAGCAUGGAAGCAGAAACCCUCUAAUAGCUAGGGUAACGUAUAUCUAUGGCCUUCUAUUUCAAGGUGUUGGACAAGAUAGUCUGAAAUUGGGUAGCCCGAGUUGCUGUAACGUAUGAGGGAAACCAUGCUAGUACUUGUACUGUGUCCCCCAUUUGUAAUAUAUCUGUGUUUAUAUCUAUGUUAAUGAGAAGCAUCCUACGCAGGUUGUAUUUAGGGGCGGAUCCAGGAUUUAAUGUUAUGGGGUUGAUAUUAUUGAA